AAGCAAUCACCUCCAUGGCUAAUAGCUUGCUUUUGCUCUCUCUCAGUCUCAGCUUUCUCUUCUUGUUCCAUGGCUGUGUAGCUCAGCUCGAGCUCCAGCAGCAGCGCUACUGGCAGAGCUUGCAGCAACACCAGCAGCACCGCCUCCGGGCCAAGACUGAGUGCCAGGUCCAGCAGCUCACAGCCCGCCAGCCCAGUUCCCGCCUCCAGUCGGAAGCCGGUGUCACCGAGUUCUGGGACGCGAAUAACGAGGAAUUUCAGUGCGCCGGGAUUGAGUUUGUUCGCCACACUAUCCAACCUAGAGGCCUCUUGCUGCCGUACUACACCAAUGCCCCUCAACUGGUCUACAUUGUGCAAGGCAGUGGAAUCCAGGGGACUGUAAUUCCGGGCUGCGCGGAGACUUAUGAAUCGGAAUCAGGCGUCGGUUCUACUGGAGAAGAAGAAGGUCGCCAGAGAACAGAUCGCCACCAGAAGCUACGGCGGUUCCGUCGUGGUGAUGUCCUCGCAUUGAGGGAGGGUGUCACCCACUGGGCUUAUAACGACGGAGACACCCCGAUAAUCAGCGUCUCGAUCCGCGACGUUGCAAACGAAGCCAACCAGCUCGAUUUGAAAUUCAGAAAAUUUUUCCUGGCUGGAAACCCUCAAACAGCGCAAUUCCAAGGCCAACAGGAGAGAGAACAACAACCCAGAGGCGAGGGCAGGAGAGGUCAAGAAGAAGGGCAAGGAACAAGCAACAUAUUCAAUGGAUUUAACGAGGAAUUCUUGGCCGAGAGCUUCAACAUUGAUCCCCAACUAAUAAGGAAAUUGCAGUCAAGGGAGGACAACAGGGGCAUCAUCGUCCGAGCCGAAAGGCCGCUCAGAUUGGUCUUGCCUGAAUACGGACGAGAAGAGCAGCAGCGACAGCGGGAGCAAGGAAGAGGAGGAGGAUACAUGAAUGGCCUGGAAGAAACAAUAUGUUCCCUCAGGAUCAGGGAAAACAUAGAACACACCGCCGCCACUCAUUCCUACAACCCACGAGGCGGCCGCAUCAGCACAAUCAACAGCCAGACUCUCCCCAUCCUCAGUCAGCUCCGCCUCAGCGCUGAAAAAGGAGUUCUCUACAGGAACGGAAUAACGGCACCACACUGGAGCACGAACUCCCACUCCGCAUUGUACGUGACGAGAGGAAGCGCAAGAAUCCAGGUGGUGGGGCACAAGGGAAGAUCGGUGUUGAACGAGGAGGUGAACGAGGGGCAGCUUGUGGUGGUACCACAGAACUUUGCGCUGGCAAUAAGAGCCGGCGAGCAGGGAUUCGAGUAUGUGACUUUCAGGACCAACGACAACGCCAUGAAAAGCGAGCUGGCAGGGCGGCUCUCCGCCAUCCGGGCGAUGCCGGACGAAGUUGUGAUGAACGCGUUUGGUGUUUCCAGGGAGGACGCCAGGAAUUUGAAGUAUAACAGAGACGAAGCCACGGUUUUCAGCCCCGGAGGAAGAACAGGGGGGUAUGCUUAAAUGUGUGUGAAAAUUUUGUAUAUGUACGAGUUUGUAAGAAUAAAGAGAGAUUUCCUUAUGGACGUGGGGAGUUCAACUGUCCACUUCAUAUGUGGGAAUUUGUACUGUUUUAUAUAUUUGCAGAUGUAAUAAGAAGACCGUAAUUUUGCUAAUUAAUCAGGUAUUGGAAUUUAAUGUGGUAA